AUGAACAAUCUGGAAGAGUCCAAAGGCAACAACAACCCUCAACAUCAACAGGAAGAAGAGAUGGCAGCCUCUUCGGCGGCGAUGGACGGAAGAGCAGCAUCGGCUCUCUGUUCAGUUCUCCCUAGAGUCCACCAGGCCGCGAGCGUUGUGGUCGUCAAUCGCAGCGGAUCUUCCAUUUCCUGCAAAGAAAAUCCAAUUUCAGGUGUGCCAAACUUUGCCAUGGUGGAAACCGUAGACGAUGAGAAGAUUGCAAACCAUCUUAAUCGUGCGGUUGGAAACCUCGAAAGAAAGCCUUUAAGAGGCUUAGUCCAGGUGAAUACCAGUGGAGAGGAAUCGAAAUCCGGUGUUGAGCCUUCAGCUUGUGCAGAACUUGCAAAACAUGUUAGUCUGAAUUGCUCGAACCUUCAAUUUUGUGGAUUGAUGACAAUUGGGAUGCCUGAUUAUACAUCAACACCUGAGAAUUUCAAGACACUAGCAAAUUGCCGAAGUGAGGUCUGCAAGGCUCUUGGAAUACCAGAAGAACAAUGUGAACUAUCAAUGGGAAUUUCUGGUGACUUUUAGCUUGCUGAAAGGAUUAUUUUCAUUU